AUGAAGGUCCCCUUCGCAGCACUCGGCCUGCUGCUCAUAAGCGCCGCGCAAGCUCUUCCCCUGCCCAAAACCGACAAAACGGCGCCUAUCUCCAAGACCGUCCACAAAAGAGCCGUCUAUGGUCUCUGGAACGGUUUCCCACACAUUGGAAAGUCUGACGAUGUCCUCCUGGGUUUGAUGUUCGAUCUUGGACGGAAAGUACAGCCACACCCGAAGAUGCAGGCUCACAGAUGCACAGCUGUAAGCCAUUGGCACGACAAGGAGAAUGACCGGUUCGAGAGCAACAGCUGGGCGCUUAGUCCCCAUGAGCUCAGGAUUUUCGACGAGAUAGUCAAACAGGAUAACCAACCCGCGACGGUCGGCAAGCCGGUUCACAUUGUUUAG